GUCGGUUUUCUGUUGGACAACUGUUGGUAUACAGUUGGCUGACAGUAUACCAACAGUCGGCCGACAGACUUUUAGGGGAGCUCUUCGUCUCUUUAUUGUCAGUAUAUUUCAUGUCUAAUUUUUAACUUGAAUUGAAUGUAUUGUGUUACAGAUGAGCCCCCACGAUCACAAAGCAAGUUGACAUUGUUGUGGGGAUUGAUGGUGAAGCUUUGCUCUGGUCAACGUCCAAAGCUAUACAGUUAUCAAAACAGUCUUCCAAGAAUGUCUGUUCCAAGUCUGAGUGACACAUGUAAAGAACUGCUACGUUCUGUCAAACCAGUUUUGGAUGAUGAAGAGUAUCAAAAAAUGGAAGCACUUGCUAAGGUCAGGAUGACAAUAGCUUAAUUGGCUUCAGUUAUGUCUUUGUUUCACUCUAUUUUUUCUUGUGUAUAUAUUCUGAAGGGCUUUGAGUUCAGUAUUUUUGUAGCUGUCAAAAUAAUAAUUGAAUUUUUCUUCCUCUCUGGUUUGGUUGUUUAGGGACAAUAAUACUCCUUAAAUUUACACUGAACGUUACCCUGUUUGAUAGCUGUAAAUCACGAGACUAAAAAGACCUCUUUUCCCACUUGUUUGUAUUAUAGGACUUUGAAAGGAACCUUGGCCCAAAGCUUCAGUUUAUCUUGAAGCUGAAGUCUUGGUGGGCACCUAACUAUCACACAGAUUGGUGGGAAAAAUACGUGUAUUGCAUGGGUCGGUUACCUCUGCCUAACAACAGUAACUACUACUGUCUUGAUCAAAACUGGCAUCCAACUUUGAAUCAAGCAUCAAGGUACAAAAAAGCAUCUACUGUUUUCUUCUUUUUCCUGGUGAUCAACUUAUGUGUUUCUGUAACCCACACUGUACUUCUAUACUAGAUGUUUGUGUUGUCUUUUUCCAGGCUUUCUAAACUUGGCAUGAUCAGAAUGCAAAGAAAGUUAGUUUUACAGCUUGUCAUUCUUGCCUUGUAUAAUACUAGCCCAAAAGUCAUUUCAACUACCCUGAAAAAAAAGUUUGAGCAGGAUUGAUUACGGUUUUUCCUUAAUUUAAAUUCCCCAAAAAACUUCACUUUCAAGCCUCUCAGGCAAGGUAAGAAGAGAAUUCACAGGCUGCUGAAUAGUGAUUUAUUAGCCCCAGGCUAUUGGUCAUUACUUUCUUUGAAUGCUGAUCAUGAUGACUCUUUCAAUCAUUUGUGUUAGGGUAAAGACAGUUCUAUUUUGAUCAUGAUCCUGCUUUAUAUAAAAAUUAGUAUUCCCCACAAAAUGUUUGUUCAAAUGUCAGUUGGCUGUGAGAUAUAAGAACUAGCAUUGUGGCUACUGGAUGAAACUAACAGGGCUUGAAAAAUUUUUGGUUCAGUAAUCCAGGACAAGCUAAACUUUUCAAGCUUACUUGCCCAAUGGGCAAAGGUUCUGGCAAGACCAUUAGUACAAAGUACAAAAUCAUUCGCUAAGAUGAACAAAAAGUGGCCCCAGGCAAGCAGAAUGUGAGAUCAGCUGCUUUCCGAAAGGACAAGGCAGCUUGAAUUCAAGUAACAAGUCCUGAUUCAGGGAUCCAUAUUCUCAGUCGUCUGGUUGUGCCAGACAACUACAAUCUCGUAUGGACAAUUAAGACAACUUCAAAAGUUGCCCUUUGGACAAGUGUCAGGUUUUUUCUCAGCUACAAAAUCUUUUCAAAAACUCUUAAUAUGAUUUUAUACAUUCUCCUUGUGCUCUGAUUACUUCCACUUAAACCUUUAGAAUAAUGGAGAGUAACAAGUAUCUUUUGUCUGCAAUGAAAUCGUAAGUUUGGGCAAGAUGGUGCAGUAUUUUCUACGAAUUGAUCGCGGGCUCAGCUUUUUGUGAAGUACUACAUUCAGGGGCCAUUCAUAGAAAACAUGACAGCACACAUCACGAUGUGGCAUUUUUUGGAAAGCAUUUUGUCGCCUUCGGCAGAAAAAAAAGGUGAAGCAAGAGACAGUGCCUCAUACGCAUCAUGAUCAAGAAUUUGUGACGUUUUUAGAACAUGAUUUACUGCCUUUGACGGAAAAAAGGUGAUGCUGGAGCUGCUGCCUUAAAUGGAGGAAAAAAUGCUAAUCAGAAAUGUUCAAGUUACACACAUUUUUUUCACCAUUCUUUUAUAAUAUAAUUCGGCACUUUUGUCUGGGCAACCCAAAGUGUAACCGGGCAAGUAUGCCAUCAGGCUUCAAUACUUGCCUGGCUGACGACUCUAAAAAAAACAUAGGCACGUUAAACGUGCAUGAGCUAUUUUGAAUGCUUCAGUGUAACUAUAAUACUUCGGUGUAACCUUACCAAGAGUGAUGAAUCUACCUUUUUCAUCCUAAAUGUAGAUUUGGUUUUUGUGCGAAAUUGGGUAUUGCGCUACAUAAAUGAAAACGCGAAACGCUCAGUUGAGUCGAUCCUCAACCUAUAUAUUCACUUUCCUCUGUCUUUCCCUGUUACAUCUGGUGCAAGUUAAACAAAUUGUUAAAGUAAAAUAAAUUUCUACUCACCAAACGUUGAUUAGAAGGAAAACUCUAAGGUUUCCUCGGAGUUCCUUAAGCCAAAAUGUGACUCAUCGAAUACUGAAUAGUUAUGAAAUACCAGGACUUUUAUCAUUGAGGUAGAUGGUUGCAUCAUCAUAAUUCACGAGGUUUUCACGUGCGAUUCUACUCAGUGAAACAGUCUCCGACAACUUAUUUCUUCAUGUUUUAAAAGCUAUUGCUUCUUAAAAGACAAGAGCCUUUUUUAAGGCAUUGGUUACUAAAUGAAACAGGUCUUCAUACGUCCAAGUUACUAUUAUUAAUGUGAAAAGCCAAUCUGCAUGAGAUGUACAGUCACACAGCUGGCACGUGAAAGUGCUGGACUUUGCCCCCUUUCGUGGUUCGUACGUGAGGGAAUUCGAGUUAUCACACAGUAAUCUAGUAAAAAGAAUUAUAAAAAUAACUCAUGCACACAAUUUGCAUGUGAAGAUGCUGGUCUUUGGCCCUUUAACAAUUCGUAGGUAAAAAAAAGGCAAAUUGUUUACUACAAAAUUUUCUCAAUCGAUUUUAAGAAAUCACCUCGGCUUUAUUACAACAUCUGCAAUUAAAUUAUGUUUCAUGCAACGUCAAGGUUGAUAGCCACAAUUAUUAACUUCCAAGAAAAUUAUCAAACUGCCGAAAUAUAUUUCUACUUGUAUCAUGUUACUCAAUACAACAGUACCUAAUUAUUGUGUCAACUAGCUUCUUCCAAUUUUAUUCCCUAACGCUAGUGUUUCUACUUAAGUUACGCAUCUUUACUAAAUAGAAUACGUUUCAGAAACUAUAAUACUUAGUAUGCAGGAAGGAUGUAUCAUGUUGUUCACUUUUUAUUCUUUUUUGUUUUGUUUUGCCAGAACGAAAAAGGUCUGUUGAACUUUGUAAGCGAGCUUUUUUACAGGAUUAACAAUACUCGGUACAGCUUUCACAAAAAUAAGCUGCCUUUUUAAACUUCUAAAACCACAUUUUAUAGGGUGCAUACUUUCGAAUUAAAGUCUUUAUCUAAGUAUCAAUUAUUACUUCAUUGGAAGAGCUUUGAAAAUAUAUGAUCUUUUGUACUCUACCCAGUUGUAGCAGGUGAAACAGAGCUCAUACUGACGUGCGUUGUACCGAUAGCCGAAUUAGGUCAGAAAUGCCUUGAAGUAGCAUCCAUACUAAAAUAUGAACCCUGAAACAGCUGCAUCACUGUACACAGCGUUUGAAUAAUGAAGAUAUUUAAUGUAAUUCUUCCAAACACCUGUAGCCGUAAUAAAAGACAAAAAAAAUUGUGAAGAAUCAAGACUGCGGUCUCAAAGUGCCCUUGUUCGACCCUUACCAAUGUCAUGUUUAAGUAGAUGCUAAGAUCUCAUUGGUUCCUAAGCAUCAACUAAUAGUACCUUCAACCUUAUUGGCUCUUGCAACAAACAUCCGAACAUACAAAGUUACAAAGAUACAAAGUUACAAAGCCACAAAGAUACAUAUGCUCACACCACUGACAUAUGAGCUAUUUUUUCAAAAUAGCACAAAAAUGAAUAUGGACCCCUGCCUGAUUUAAUAAGAACUGGUAGCAUCAUCGACAACAACACAACACUUGUUCACAGCAUUUGAGUUGAAUGUCAACACUAAGUCUACAUCAUAUGUGUUGUUUCACACAGAGCUGCAACCAUGUGCUACUUCUUCUUGAAGUAUUAUCAGGAGAUUGAAACAGAGAAGCUGGAGCCACUCUUGAUAAGGAAAACUAUACCUAUCUGCAUGUGGCAGUAUGAAAGGACUUUUAAGACAACCAGGUAAGUUCUCCAUAUUUUGAUCACUGUAACAGCCAUGGUGACAUUAUUUUCAAAUGAAGAAAACGACAUCAACUUGCAAAUGGAAAUAAGUUUUGUCCUUUUUUUACUGCCACAGGAUUCCAAAAGAAGAUGCGGAUGAACUUGUCCAUUAUGAGCACACAGAAAAUGAGGUUUGUGUUGAUGCACUGAUUACCCCACAGAACGGUUAAGUCUAGUAGCUAGCAUGUGGUGUCAUUAACAGAGAAAUACCUAGUUGAUUCCAAGAAUUGCAGAGAUUUGUUGACUGAGUUGUUUGAUAACGUGACUCCUUGAAUGUGACAAACAAGGCAUGUCAGCUAUAGAAUCAAACUAAACACGGGGUGCAAAGAAAGUAAUUUGUACUGCUUGCCAUUCAGGCAAGCUGAAGCUAACAUUAAUUAGCCCAAACAUCAUUUCAACCAGCCCAGAAACAUUUUGAUGAGCAGAUUGAUUUCACAGUUCUUCUGUAAUGUGAAUUCCUCAAAAAACUUCACUUGCCCAUGCCAUCAGGCAAGUUAACAGAAUUCACUAGCCUGAUAGCAAAAUCCACUAACCCCAGGCUAUCGGACACAACUUUCUUUCCAUGCUGUAAACAUCAUCUUAGACGGUUUCAUUAACUCAUCCCUCCCCCCCUCCCCCUGGGAAUUUGCGGGAAAAAAACGUUUUGAAGAUAGUUGAGUGGUUUUCUGGUCAGCAUCUGGCUAUAAAGAGCUAAAACUUACCACAAGGCAGUUUACAGGUGAAAACCUUCAUGGCCUUCUCAUCCAGAUGCAAAAUGUUACAUUGUAGGUUGCACAGUUCGGGUAUGCACCUAAAGCAAAAUUAAGAGAUAGUUUUUGGUUUUAAAAGUGACUCAGCAGUCUUCUUUUCGCUUUCUCUCCUCCCCUCUUCUUAGGCUUUUCUUACCUUGUUUUUUUUUUGCUGGGAAUUUUAGUAGGCUUCAUUUGGUGGGAAAAGUUUUUAAGAAAGCUUUUAGGAUCUUACGAUUAGAUUAAAGGAAAGGUAGGUGUAGUGGAACAAGAUUUUCAUGGAAAUUUUUGGUGAGGUCAUGGUUUUUUUUGCCUUUUUGUCCGGCCUCCUUGACUAAGUCAUACUCAUUCUGGUAUGGUUUGAAAGAUCACUUCACCCUGCCCAAGUUAAUGGACAAAGUUGUCUUUGACCGUUUAAACUGAUGGCAUCACAAGCGGUUGAUGGGACGUGGAUCUGCAUGGGCGGUUACGGGCGGUUCAAGGGUGAAUAGGUUAAGAAGGUAAAGUAAUAAGAAUACUGUAUUGAGAAACUCAUUUUAGGGGCAAAAGUUCCCACCUGUGCUUAUUGACACCUCUUGUUCCUCAGUUGAGACUACAACAGUUACUUGCAAACAAACAACAUGUUGUCUGACCAUGAAAUUAAGUGGACAAACGACCAGGUCAGCUACUGACAGCUCUCCUUUAAAAGCCCCUAAAAUAGGAGCAUGCAAACUUAAUAAAAACUUAAGUGAAAAAAUAUUAUUACAAAGAGUGUAAGUUAGUAGUGCCUUAGCUGGCUGGAUGAGGAGAAUGCAAGCCUCUGUUGUAAUGUUCAAAAAGCUACAAUGUAAGGUUCCCUGCUUCUCUUUAUAGCACAUAGCUGUGUUUUGUGGAGGAACCUUUUAUAUGUUGCCAGUUACUAACAGCAGAGGCAAGUUUAUAUCAGUGUUGGAUCUGGAGGGCCAGUUUGAGUGGAUCAAAGCAGAUGCUAAACAUGCAGAUGGUAAGAAGUCACUUAACCUUACUUUUAAGUAAUCAGUAAGUGAGUCUGAAAAGAAGAGUGCAGUCAAUUCUCCCAUACAGAUCAGACAUGUACAUUUUUAAGCAGUGUGUAAUGAAAGUGGUGUGCGAUAGCCUGGGGCUAGUGAAUUUUGCUAUCUGGCUGGUGAAUUCUGUUCUUAACUUGAAGAGUUUCGAAUAAUUCUUGUCAAGGCUUGGCUGUGGCCGACUUGGCAGUGGUAGUGGUAGUGGUCGUGGUACUAGUGGUAGUUUAUCGAAGGUGGUCGCACAUGUAGGUUUGAGUGUAUUAUAAUUGUGAAAUUAAAUUAUGUCUGUGUUGUUCUCUUGUGUGAAAUUCUGGCUGCCUACUUCCUCUAGUAUUUCUAUUUGUUGCCCAAGUCUCUUGGAAGAAGUUUUUAACUAACUUUGUACCCUGUGUGAAUGUUAUAAUAGUUACCUCAGAUCAACCUGAAGGAAGUGUGGCAGCUCUAACAACAUUACCCAGAUCAGAGUGGGCCAAAAUCAGAAAAGAACAUUUCUCAGAUGGUCUAAAUCUGCAGGCUCGUGAGGCCAUAGAGGAAGCAUUGUUUGUGGUAAGUCUUCUAAUUUAAUUUCUAAUGUGAUGUUGUCAAGUGAUUAUCUUAAACUAUUCUUAGGAUAGCCAGCCAGAUCAUGGGAUGUUCAAGGGUUAACCGAAUCAUUUACCUCUUUUCUCUAAAAAGGUGAUUUUGGAAGAGAAGUCAUUCACUGAGUUAAGUGACCGAGCUAAGUAUCUUCUUCAUGGGGAUGGCCGAAGCUUCUGGUUCGACAAAAGUUUCUGUUUAGUGGUAUUUUCUGAUGGGAAAUGUGGAAUCAAUGCUGAGCACUCAUGGGCUGAUGCUCCUGUUAUUGGUCACAUGGUUGAAUAUGCCCUAACUUAUGAGUAAGUUUUACAGGGAAGAUAAAGAUGUGCUUUUGGUUUAUAACAAGUAGAGGGUAGAGACCUCUGAUAGUUCAAAGACUUUUGCUCAAUUGCUUUUGCUAAUUGCUUAUUUGUUGACAUGCACUGUUUCGUGUGGUUUAUAAGUUCACUAAGAUCACUUUAAGUACAGUGUUGAUGUAGGUCUCUCAUUAGAUUCGUCUAUGAACAAGAAGAAUUUCAGGAAGGGCAUGUGUGUGAGAGGUUUUGUUUGAAUUCAAGAUGUGAAGGUUAUUUAUUGAUUUUGCAAUGAUUUUUAGUGUUUAGUAGGGCACUUAGUUUACCGUAAGUACUUACAUGUUUUUUGGGGGGCAGGGAGGUGGGGCGGGGCAGGGGAGGGGGAACUUUCCAAUUGUAUAGGUAUUAUACUAAUAAUAUUGUUGUUGACAUUUGAUAUCCUGUCUGGCUCUUUAGGUACAUUUAUAGAACAUAUGAUGACCAGGGUAAAUGUGCCCCUAUUGGUGGGGCUCACAGGAGUGCUACUAUGAGGACCCAUAACCUUCAGAAACCAGCAAGGCUGUACUGGGAUAUAAGUCCUAAACUAGCAGGGAUUAUUGAAAAUGCUGUCAGGGUUGCGCAAAAGGUUAACUCUUGAUUUGUCUCUUCCAGAAUAAUGCUGACAUUCAGCAUAAUGUGAUAGUCCAUGAAGCAUUUGGAAAAGGAUUUAUUAAGCAAGUGAAGGUCAGUUUUCUAGUAGGUUGUGUUUCCUCUUGAAAUUUGGGUUGGUUGUAAGAUAUUGAGGUUACAAACAAGUCAAGAUUAAUAAUAACUAUGCAGGGGUUUCAAAAGCAAUUGAAGUAGCCAGUAGGUUUAAAAAGAGUAGUAACUGACUGUAUGAACGAGAAGCCGUUAGUCCCCUUUCUCUUAGGGGAGCGGGGGGCUCUGGGGGCAUACUCCUCCAGAAAAUUUUGAAAUUUCAAAGCCCUACAAUGCGAUUUCCAGCGUUCUGGAGUACUGAAAAGAGUGUGUUUUUCAGUAAGGAAAAUGUUGCUUUUGUUUAAGUUUUACCAGCCAAACAGAUGAACAAAUUCUGCGUAAACCUAUAAAGAAGCAUGCGAAAAAUUGUGGACUGAAAUACAGCGUCAUAUUAGAAAACAAGUGGGCCUUUACGAAAAUACAUCAUAAUUGUGUUUCAUUCGUGAAAAGAAGCCAACUUCUCCGAGCACAUUUUCUCGGUUGUCAGUGCUAAUUGAAAUCCCUGACUAUGCCAAGGUUUCAAACAGUUCCUUUCAUAGUACAAUUUUUAUGGCUUUCAGUUCUCUAUUAUUCUUUAGCAACCAAAAGCAGUUGGUAAAAUAAAUGUAUAUGUUGUAGUUAAUUUCUUAUCUCAGGUAAUUUUUCUUUUUCUUUUGUUUUUGGGUAUAUUAAUGUAUGCUAAGAAAGUUUAAACAAAAGAAAAAUAAAAAUUACCAGAGAUAAAAAAUUAACUACAACAUAUACCUUACGACUGCAUCCUCAAUGUGGAAAUACCAACAACACUAACUAAUACUACCCAUUUAUUAAUAACUUUUUUGUACUGUCUUUUAUUUAUAACAGAUAAGCCCUGAUGCAUUUAUCCAGUUGGCUUUACAAGUGGCAUACUACAAAGAUUCUGGUGGAAGACAUGCCCUUACUUAUGAGGCCUCUAUGACACGUCUUUACCUCCAAGGAAGAACUGAAACAGUGCGCAGCAACACAAUAGAAGCCAAAGAGUUUGUUUUGGCAUUUGUGGAUCAAGCGGUUCCUGUGGACAAGAAAUAUAAGCUGCUCCUCAAAGCUGCUGAGGUUCAUGCUAAAAAGUACAAGGACUGUAUGAAUGGCAAGGGAAUUGAUAGGCAUCUCUUUGCACUCUAUGUGGUUUGCAAGGGCCAAGGUUAUGUAAGUAUUAUGACUUUGAAGAUUUUUUAUCUCGUAGCUAUGCAAUACCACUACAUCUCUUGAAAUUAAUACAUUUGGCACAAUACAUUGUAUGAUAUUGAAGAUGAAGGGGUAGUUUCUUUAAAGGAAAAUGUGGCAUUAUGUUAGUGGGGGAGUAAAAAUGAAAAUUGUUUUAUCAAAUAUCCUUUGAUAUAAAAUUGACCACUGUAGAGAAAUUGAGAAAAGCUGGCAUUUUGGUCAGACAGAUUCACUCCACAACAAAGGGUUAGUGCUUGAAACAGCUUCUCAUUCUGCCUGUGGUAGCCAAUUUGCAUAAUUAUCUCACUUAAUUACACUUCAAUGGCACAAAUUACAAAUCAAAAUUAAAUGAACAAACAAUAAUGGCAAAUAAACAAAUAAUAAUGAUAAUAAAAAGCAAGGUAUAAUGUGAAAAAGAGUAGACACCCCUUACAAGAAAGAUCACCAUCUAUGAUCACCAUGAUAAUUAUAAAGCACAAGAUAAAAAAAAUGAAAUAUCCACCCUCUAACAGUAAGAUUUUUAAAAAAGUAAAAGGUUCUAUAAAGUACAAAAUUAUUACAAGUAAAACAAGCUCCCACUCCCAUCCCAAGCCUGCUUUAAAUUAUUGCUAAAAAAGACUGCCAAACUUGGAGCCUAUUAAACCAAACACAGCAAAAGAAAAGGCAAAAGAAAAAUGAUUCAAAACGUCUAGAUGUGCCAUGACUACAACAAACAGGUGUAACUUACAAUACAGCAAAAUGUUGUUUUUUAAAUAAUAAUGUACUGUCAGAUUGAGAUCUUCAAGUAAGUAGGGGGCUGCUUAUCUAGACCCUAAGAUAUUAAGGGGGCCUUGUGCCCGUUUCUUGAAAGUCCCGGAAAACUUUUCAGGCCCGAAAUCAAAUAUUCAAAUCAAAAUAUAAAGAAUGAGAGUAUGGAUCCUGGCUAGCAAACUACUCCAUUUUGUUUCAUUAACUGAUCGUUUUAUCAUGUUAGAUCCAAAACUACUGAAACCUCUAUCUUGCAUGAAAACCAAAACAGCUUUACAGGCCUGUAAAUUAUCGGGACUUUUGAGAAACGAGUUCCCGGCCUUGAAAAGAAUCUCUCUCAGCCCAACAGACUUUAGUUUGGCUGAAAAACAAGGUGAGCACCCUGGCCUUCAGGCCCCUCCCUAAAAUCUUCCACUGUAUCGUCAUUAAUACAGUCAACUCUGUUUAUAGUGGAUAGUCCAGGGACCUCAAGUUAGUGUCUUAAACAGCGAGAGUCUGUAAUGGCAAGAGUUUGCCUAGGUCAAACGUAUGCAGUAUAUUUUUUCCUGGGCUGUAUUAUCAGGGUGGCCAUUAUAGCACGGUGUCCAAAGUGUAAAUGUGUGUAUUUUUAGUAUGCCAUUACUAAGUAUUUGGCAAGUAAAGGAAGUGUUCAGUUCUGUUUCGAAAACAAAAUAUAUCUUUCACCACUUCACCAACCCAGUUAAUGAUAUACAUAAAUAAAUAAAAGGGGACAUUAGCCAUUCAGCCAUUUUUGUUUUGCUUUUCAAGGAAAGUGAAUUUCUCAAGAGUGCCUUGAGCUUGCCAUGGACUCUGUCAACAAGUCAACAACCUCAACAGCAAAUGUCUGGGCAGCACUUUAGUGUAAACGAGCCAGAACUUGCACAUUUGGUAAGGUUCUUUUGCUAGUAUUGAAGCACCAUUUGCUGCUCGUAAAUGAUAGUUCUGUGAAUAUACAGUGAUUAUGUUGUGCUUCAGAGAAUGAUUUCAUUCACCACUUCGGAAAUCAGAAAGAAACUGCCCCAAGUUAACCUUUACAAAUUGAGACUUCUGAGACUGUUACUUAGGGUUGGGAAGAAUUGGCCAAUAGCUGAUGGGCAUGUCCCCAAGUAAAGAUCUCAUGCAGAAACAAUGAAUUAUUGUGAGACACAUUGAUGAAUUUGAAUGUUCACAUACCACAUACAGGAUUUCAAUCCUAACAACAUUAUAAGGGAGGUGUUUUUAACUAUGGUACUGUUAUUUUGUAAAACUUUAAUCCACCAUAUCUCUCUGACCAACUGAUGCACAUUCAGUAGUUGUCAAUAUGGAAUAUCUGUGUUACUUCAAGAACCAUGUCAAUAUUUGGUAGCAAAAUGCUUUGGUUCACAAUUAUAAUAUUUAUAGCAAUAGUAUAUCUUCUGAAAAACUUCCCCCUAAUGCAAGGGCUGAAUAUUAUUUUUUUGGUAAAUAAGAACACUUCAAAGAAGAGCAUUGUCAUUUGUGACUUGAGAUAUUUGAUUUUAAUUUUUACAUUUUUCUGGUCUGUGCACAGAUUUCGCCUGGUGGUGGGUUUGGACCUGUGGCUGAUGAUGGCUAUGGAAUUUCUUACAUGGUUCCUGAUGACCACAAGGUUUUCUUCCAUAUUUCUUCCAAGAUUUCAUCAGAACAGACAAACUCUGAGAGAUUUGUCCGAUUAUUGUUUGAAAGCAUGGCAGAAAUAAAGGAACUGUUUGAGGCAGUCAAGACUGCAAAGAAUCAAAACUGUAAACCAUAA